AUGAGCGUUUGGGGCAAGCCGGCCGGUGGAGCGUGGGCUGACAAUGUAGACGAGGAGGAGGCCGCUGGGGUGCACGCACCCCCCAAAGCCUUCCCCACGCUGGGCAACGCCGGCAAGGCCGUGGCUGACGACGACUUCCCCGACCUGUCGGUCGCUGCCAAGGUCAAGGAGAGCAAGAAGAAGAAGAAGGCCCCCAAGCAGACGCUGUCCCUCACCGACUUCCUCAAGAGCGAUGUCGGCGGCGGCCCCGGCCUCGGCUCCCGCCGCGGCGGCGACGUGGACAUCCUCAGCCUGCCCACCCGCCCGCGCGGCGAGGGCGAGGAGCGGCCCGACAGGCCGCUGGGUGGCGGCUUCCGCGAUUACGGCGGCGGCCGGGACGGCACGCGUGGCCGGUACGGCGACGACGAGCGGCGGCCGCGGCAUGGCGAGGAGGAGGAUAUGGGUCCCUCCCGCGCAGAGAUGAGCGACAACUGGGGCGCUGACCGCAAGCCCAUGGCGGCCGGCGGCGACGACCGCGGGCGCGGCGGCUUUGGCGGCGGCUUCCGCGACCGCGACAGCGGCGGCUUCCGCGACCGAGACGGCGUCGGCGGCGGCGGCUUCCGCGACCGCAGCAGGGAGGACUUCCCCGACGGCCCCUCCCGCGCCGACGAGGUGGACGACUGGGGCAAGAGCAAGCAGUUUGUGCCCGGCGGCGGCGGCGGCGGCGGCGGGCGCGGGUUUGAGGACCGCCCGCGCGGCGGCGGCGGCUUCCGCGAGCGCAGCCCUCACGACCCGCGGGAGCCGUCCCGCGCCGACACAGAGGACCGGUGGAGCAAGCUGGCGGCCUGCUGGGCGGCGUGUGCCAUCCCUGCCGACCCCACAGCCUUUGAGGACCGGCCGCGGCGCGAGUUUGACGACUACGCCCCGCCGCCGCGCCGCGGCUUUGGCUUUGGCGACCGCCCCGGCAGCCGCGAGCCCUCGCGCGACCGCUGGGAGCGCGGGCCCAGGGAUGGCUCCCGGGACGCGCGCCCCCACAGCCGCGACCUCAGCCAGGAGCGCACCUGGAGGCCCGCGGGCGCGCCCGGCGGCGGCGGCGGCGACCCCGGCCGCGAGCGCCCGCGCCUCAACCUGGCGCCCCGCUCGGCGGCGGCGGCGGCGGGCGCGGCGGCUCCCGGCGGCGGCGCCAGCAACGCGUCUGUGUUUGGCGCCGCGCGGCCGCGCGAGGAGGUGCUGCGGGAGCAGGGCAGGGACGCUGUGAAGGAGGACCUGGCUCUCGAGCACGAGGCGGUGGACAGGCCGGAGAGCGCCGAGGAGGCUGCCCUGCGCCGCCAGAUUGCCGACCUGCAGCUGCGGGUGGAGGCGGGGGAGGCGGAUGCCGAGUACCAGGGCCAGGAGGGGCGGCAGGAGGCAGCUGGGGAGGAGGAGGAGGGCGGCAAGGAUGGCAAGGGCGGCAAGGAUGGCGAGGAGGAGGAGGAGGAGGGGCCGGCCAGGACUGUGGCGCAGACGCUGGAGGCGCUGGAGGCGCAGCUGCUCAAGCUGCAGCUGGAUCUGGAUGCCAGGGCCAAGUACGCUCGCUCGGCGGCGGCGCGCGACGAGGAGCACGCCAGGGAGCGGCCCCCCCGGGUGCGCGAGCCAUCCCCCGGUGGCGAGGGCUGGCGCCGAGGAGCAGGCGACGGCGCCAACGGCGGCCCAGCGCCGCGCGGCUUCCGCGACGACCGCCCCGCCAGGCCCCCCAGCGGCGCGGCCGGCCACGACGACAGGCCGCCCCGCAGGGGCGGGUUUGAGGAGCGGGGCCGCCGCGACAGCUUCCCUCCCCGUGACCGUGACUCCAGCCGCGACAAGCCGCGCUGGUAG